GUCCUUUGGACACUACCUGCAUACAUCUAUACACGCUCACAAAAGCUACCUGCCUUCUCAACCUAACUCAUCCCUUUCUCGCAUCUCACCGACGUUACAAUUCGGCCUACUUCGCGACGAUGUUCACUCUUUUCCUGAAGGCCAUACGAAGGGCCGGCGUGGCCAUGAAGAAGAAAAUUCGACCAAAAUUCGGACGGCAUAGUGCUCCGAUUAUAGCCACUGCUUCGCAGAGGCUCGGCUGCAUCGACUCUCAGAUUACAGCUGUGAGAUCACAAUUUAACACGAACGACAAUGAGGACGAUGAACUAUUGAUCCUCACCAACCUGGACCGUCGCGCACCGACCAUGGCCAUUGCGGCUGAGGACAAGGAUGGUAGCUUCAAACACGUGCCUAUUCGUUACGGCUACGGCAUCGAGGGGUGCCUGCAAUCCGCUGAGGAACUCUCGCUUGUUGGUUCAGUUGCAGCCUCUCUUUCCCACAUCGACGGCUGGAACCACGAUGUUCAUGUUGAGGAAGAUGACAAUGAGCAGUAUGCAAUGGCGGAAAGGUUUUCCAUCAAGUCGUCGGUGAGUGGCACGUUCGACACACUCGCGCUCUUCGCCUCGAGGUAUCAUAAUGACUAACCCACGUCUUGAAGGAGCAUGGCAUCACUAAGGGCAACAUCGGCAACAACGGCCCGGUUGAGACGCACAGCACCUCGGACGACUGCAACACUGACUCCGACGAGUCAGGUCUCCCCUCUACGCCGCUCUCCCCUCUGUUCAGCUUCCCGGCCACGCACCUGGACCGUGACACAAAGAUCAGACAUUGUG